AUGGCGUCCGAGACAAAGCGCCAGAGUGCAGGAGCCAGAGUGCCUGUUGCCCUGCCCAAGAGUGAGCCCGCACAAACACCUGCCACCGUUUCUUUAGAUGUUGGUUUACAACAAGCGAUCGGAAGUCGCGUUCGCGUUACCACUGUCGCUCCGAAUCAAACCAGCGUCGAGGGCACAGUUUACACUGCUGAUCCCCUGACGAACCUUCUGGUUCUCAACAUCAGUGCUGUUCCACCCACGGGCAUCAGCUCUGCUACUCUUGCAGCUCCCGCUGGAGCAUACCGAAUCAUUCCCAUCUCGCAGAUCAGCAGCUUUCAGCUUCUCUCUCUACCACAGCAACAGGCCGAGGCACCAACCAACCCUGCCCUGAACAAAAUUGAUAUAAACGCUGUCCAGUCACGACUCGCAAGGAACAUAGCAGCUCAACAAGCAGCGCAAGCACGGAUAGGUCCUAAAGGGACGACUCCAACGGACCAGGCGUUGUUCGAUGCCUUGUCUCGCACCCAUCCAGCGAGAUGGACAGGCAAUCUCAUGCUCAUUUCGGAUACAUACUUGAUCGAAAAGCCCUACGGCGCUGUGAAUGUUCGGUUUGUUGAGGGUCGACAUGGAGAUCUUGAGCGCAUGAGAAAGGUGGUCGACAUGGAGAGACAGAAAAUCACCUUGAGGAUGUCUAAAGGCUUGAUUGAUGGGAAACUCUCGGACAACGCUGGCGGGAGAGGAGGGGUUGCUGCAACUGCCAAAAAAGGUGGCUAG